CAUUAUAUUUUAAUGCUAUUUAAACAAUGAAAUGAAAAAGGAACUAGGAUCCGCCCUCGACAGGCAUUAAUCCUGUGUUAAACAAUCUCUUUUUAAAGAAACCUAAACACCUCACUAUUACAAUGUCACACGCCGCAAUGAAACCAAUACAAACACACGAUACAAUUUCAUUAAUCUUCCUUCUCCGUGCGAUUCAUUUACUGGCACCAAUCUUCAUCAUCAUCUGCAGUAAAUACAGAAAAGGGUUUGGAAAUUAAUUCUGCAAAAAACUACCACUUCCGUUUCUCAAAAGAGUUACUCUUUUGACUUUAGGGAAAAAUAAAUAGUGUUAAAUUGUAGUUGACUUUCUAAUUUUACCCUUGAUGUGAUUAAUAAAAAUAAAAUGUGAUAGUUUAAUUGUUAAUAAAAAAAUAUGAUGCAAUAAAUAGGUUAGGAAAAAGUAGGGAUAAAGAGAACUGUUUUAAGAAAAAAAAUGAAAGAGAGAAUUUCAAGAAACAGAGAAAGUAUUAAAAAAGACGGUCUGGGAUUUCAAAUCUGAACUCAUCUAAAGCCCUUUUAUUAGAAUUAAUCGAGAAAAAAACAUAAACCUGGCGUGAUGAAAUAAAUAAGAAACAAGUUCUUCAAAAAAGUAUUAAUCAAGAAACAAACUCAGAAAGGCAAGAAGAAUUAAAAUAUGAAACGUAUUCAGCAAAAAAUUAUUUAUAAUAUCAAACUCAAUGGAUUUGAGCUAAAUCAAUCACGAAAAAAUUUAAGAGAUGAAAUAGAAGAAAAUUUUAGUAGUUUAUGGGGUUGAAUUUGAUAGCCCGCUCAGCCAUCAACGCCGGUAGGCUCUGACGGCGGGCAGUCUUCAUCGCAGUAGAGCGGAGGAAAGGGGCUCGGGGAUAAUAAAUAUCAGCCGGAGAACCGCCAGCUUCUCCGGCGGCGACCGGAGAGGGCAGCUCUGACCGCGCCGAUUCCCAUCCCCAAACCGCCGAUUGCAGCCGCCCCCGCUCAGAUAAGAUCAAGUAGUUAUGGAUUCUUUGCCCUACGUUUUCUUUUUAUAGGCGCGGUUGCCAGUGGAAUUGUCUAAACCACCCCUGACGGGUCCUCAGCUACCCGGGGUGUUUACGUCAAAUGGUUCCACCCCUGCCUCCAACGCAAGAUAAGCCCACUCAAACCCUAUUAUUUGUCAUCUCCCUCGCUUUCCUUCUCAUCUUACCGGGAUUGGGAUCGGAUUGGAAUCUAAGAUUGGAUCGGUGUUACUUCGGCAUUAGUCGUCUAAGCUUUAAAGUCUCUGAGUAUGGCUGCUGACCCUUCAAAGGUCAUCCAUGUCCGGAACGUGGGACAUGAGAUUUCUGAGAAUGAUUUACUUCAGCUCUUUCAGCCAUUUGGGGUAGUAACUAAACUUGUGAUGCUAAGAGCCAAAAAUCAGGCCCUCCUGCAAAUGCAAGAUGUUCCUUCAGCUGUCAAUGCCUUGCAGUUUUACACAAAUGUGCAACCUAGCAUAAGAGGAAGGAAUGUUUAUGUUCAGUUCUCAUCGCACCAAGAGCUGACAACCAUGGAGCAGAACACACAGAGCCGAGCCGAUGAGCCUAAUCGAAUUCUCUUAGUUACAAUACAUCACAUGCUAUACCCUAUAACCGUGGAAGUGCUGCAUCAAGUGUUUUCCCCACAUGGAUUUGUAGAGAAGAUCGUCACUUUUCAGAAGUCUGCUGGUUUUCAAGCUUUGAUUCAAUAUCAAACAAACCAAAUUGCAAUUACUGCUCGGAAUGCUCUUCAGGGCCGUAAUAUCUAUGAUGGCUGCUGUCAACUGGACAUUCAGUUUUCAAACCUAGAUGAAUUACAAGUGAACUAUAAUAAUGACAAAUCAAGGGAUUUCACCAACCCAAACCUACCAACUGAACAAAGGGGGAAAUCUUCUCAACAUGGCUAUGGAGAUGCUGGAGGGAUGUAUCCCUUACAAGCCUCAGGUGCCCAUGCAGUGGGAUUUCAUCAGAUGGGGAAUUCUGCCAUUGCAGCUGCAUUUCCCGGCGGGUUGCCUCCUGGAAUAAGUGGGACAAAUGAUAGGUGCACUAUUCUUGUUUCCAAUCUAGAUCCGGAUAGAAUAGACGAGGACAAGCUUUUUAACCUUUUCUCCAUUUAUGGAAACAUUGUCAAAAUCAAACUUCUACGCAACAAACCGGAUCAUGCACUGGUUCAGAUGGGUGAUGGUUUCCAAGCUGAAUUAGCCGUCCACUUUCUGAAGGGAAGCAUACUCUUUGGCAAGCGGUUGGAGGUGAACUUCUCAAAGCACCCUAACAUAACGGCCGGACCGGAGACUCACGACUAUUCCAACUCCAACCUGAACCGGUUCAACCGGAACGCCGCGAAGAACUACCGCUAUUGUUGCUCGCCAACCAAGAUGGUCCACCUGUCAACCCUCCCGCCUGACGUGACCGAGUUGGAAAUCGUGUCCCACUUGGAGGAGCACGGCGCCGUGGUCGGCAGCAAGCUCUUUGAGAUGAAUGGGAAGAAGCAGGCCCUUGUCCUUUUCGAAAACGAAGAGCAGGCCACCGAAGCCCUUGCGUGCAAGAACGCGUCCUCCCUCGGCGGAUCCACCAUUCGGAUUUCCUUCUCUCAAUUGCAGAGCAUCUAAUUUUGGCACAAGAUUUUAAUGCCUCCCCUCUCUACUCAUUGUAUUCGACACUUUCUUCCAUUGUAACACUAGUUUCUUUUCUUCAUAGGGCCUAUUGGGUAAAGACUCUGAAACAAAACAAAAAAUAGUUUUUUCUUCGAAGAUUAUAUUGGAAACAUUUGAAACUUGUGUGAGAAUUAAAGAGUUUCUACUGCA